AUGGCGAAGGUUGGGUCCGGGAUGGUAAGGCGCUCGCGUCGGGGCCGGGGACAGCGGCGGCCCACGACCUGGGAGAUCUCGGAUUCGGACACUGAGGGGCCUGUCGGCGCAGAAGCCGACUCAGAGGCUGCCGUGAGGGCCCGGGACCCGGCGGAGAAGCGCAGAGCGGCGGCCGAGGAACGCAGAGCGGCGGCCGAGGCGCUGCGGCUGCUGCGGCCCAAGCAGGCACUGCGGCGCCUGGCGGUGCGCGUGGACCCAGCCAUCCUGGAAGAUGCUGGUGCUGACAUCCUGAUGGAGGCCUUGGGCUCCCUGGGCUGUGAGUACCACAUCGAGCCCCAGCGCCCCGCCCGGAGCCUCAGGUGGAGCAGAGUCAAGCCAGAACCUUGCCCCCGCAGUGUGCCUCCUGAAGUGUGGGCUGCGGGGGAGCAGGAACGUCUGCUGCUGCUGCUGGAGCCUGAGGAGUUUCUGCAGGGUGUCUCCCAGCUGACCCAGAUCUGUGGCCCCGCCUGUUCAGUGCCCUGGAUCUCUCCUGAGAGCCCCGCCUGCCUUCACCUGGCUGUCAUCGGCCUGGACGCCUACCUGUGGUCUCGCCAGCCCCGUGCCCAGGAGAUGCAGCAGCCAGCGAGUCCAGGGGUAGCCCGUGCGGAGGUGGCGGUCAGCUGGCCUGAAGUGGAGGAGGCCCUGGUGCUCCUGCAGCUCUGGGCAAACCUGGAUGUGUUGCUGGUGGCCUCCUGGCAGGAGCUGAGUCAGCAUGUGUGCGCCUUCACCAAAGCCCUCGCCCAGCGCCCCUUCAAGCAGUUACAAGAGUCCGGGGCCUUUUCCUUCUGCACAGCUGGGCGCUGGGCAGCAGGUGAGCGCGUGACAAGAGAAGGCACAGGGCUUCGGGGAGCCUGGUGGCGACAGAUUAGGCAGUUCAACCGAGUCAGCCCGGCUGUGGCUGAUGCUGUUGUCACUGCCUUCCCUUCCCCCCGCCUUCUGCAGCAGGCGUACUUGGCCUGCGGCACUGACCAGGAGCGCCUGGCCCUCCUGGCUGACCUCCCCGUGAAGGUGGAUGGAGGCGCUCAGCCCCGAAGGGUGGGGCCUGACCUUUCCCGUCGCAUCUGCCUCUUCCUGACCUCCACCAACCCUGACCUCCUGCUGGAUCUGAGCUCCUGACGUGCAAGGGCCUUCUCCCACCAACCAACUGACCAGAAGGCACCGCAACAAGGGAGAGACCAGGAACCAAAGGGGUGGGGGAGGAGGGCAGACACUCAGCACAACUGUCCCUCAGCCUGGGGAGGGGCUCAGCCAGGUCUGAACCAGCUGAGGAAAGGCUUUGGGUAGCGAUGAGCAGAGGAAACGCCACAUGGGGCUGGAGGAAGGGGCAGGGCCCUGCACACACUGGCUGCAGGCUUGGGCCAAUUGGGACAGCAGGAAGGGCUGAGUGGCAUCCAAGUCCCUGCUGGGGGACAUGCACCAGUCCCUUGGGGGUGGCACCUUCAGGGGAAAGACAGCCGGGCUGCCUCUUCCCCAGAUCCACGGGAGAAAAGAUCUGGAUGUGGACUCCUUCUAAUGCUAUCACUAUGGAGGUGUUAGGUAUAAACUCAAGAGUUUAUUACAACCUUUCAGUCUCAGACAGGAGGAACUGACAACAUGCAAAGCAAGUGAGGACAAACCCAACAUCCCCGGAGGCUGGCAGCUACAGGAAAGGUGACAUCUGAUGAGGCCACAGACCACAGCCUCCAGGCCAGCACUCAGUCUGGAAGAGCGGGGUGGCCACUCCCAAGAGACUCCAAAGAGAGCAGCAGCCACUGCCACACCCGCACAGGAAACGGAUGGAUUCAGUUCUGAUCUCAGGGUCCCAGGGCCUGCGGCCUCUGAACCCCUGGCAAGGCCUGACCUAGCCUCUGACGGCCUUGCUUGGCCCAACUCCUCUCUGUUACUCUGGAGCAUGGCCCAAGGGAAAGGAUGGAGAAAAUGCUGUCCUAGCCUCAGAAGGCAGUUUUCAUUGGAAAAUAAGUUAGGUCCUUCGGCA